GUCUGGGCCGAUGUGACUCCCCUCAAGUUUACCUUGCGACCUUUCAAUGAGCGCGCCGAUAUUGACGUCAGGUUUGCUCGACGUCACCACGGAGACGGCAACCCAUUUGAUGGUCGGGGUCGCACCCUGGCCCACGCCUUCUUUCCUCAGUUUGGAGGAGAUGUUCAUUUUGAUGAUGAUGAAGAUUGGACAGUGAACAUGUCGUCAGGAGUGAAUAUGUUGCAAGUUGCAGCUCAUGAGUUUGGGCAUUCCCUGGGCCUGUCUCACAGCGAUGUCAGCACAGCUAUCAUGGCUCCAUUCUACAGAGGCUACAAGAGAGAUUUCCGACUGGACCCGGAUGAUAUUGGUGCUAUACAGGAACUUUAUGAAAUGGAAAAGAUUCCACCCACACGAGCAGGAGGUCCCAUUCUGACAAUACCAAAAAUCUGUACAGAUUCUAAAAUUGAUGCCAUUACCAUGAAUUCAGAUGGCUACACUUACAUAUUUAGAGGAACACAGUAUUAUCGCCUAAACAGUUAUGGAAUAGAUGAAGGCUACCCAAAAGAAAUUGAUCAGGACUGGAAAGGAAUAACAGGUCCAAUAGACAGUGCCUUACACUGGGAUAACGGAUACACCUAUAUUUUUAAGGGUCAUUACUACUGGAAAUUCUACAACUUUAAAUUAAUAUACGUACGCAGUAUCUCAGAAGGAUUCAAAGGUAUUCCUGGAAAUAUAGAUGCCUCCUUUGUAUGGGGUGGCAAUGGGAAAACAUAUUUUAUAAAAGGUGACCAGUACUGGAGGUACACUGUCAGCCAUGUUGAUCCUGGCUACCCAAAACCGAUGUCUGUGUGGGUGGGGUUACCAUCUCAUAUUGAUGCCGCUCUCAAGUGGAAGAAUGGCCGGACAUAUUUCUUUAGUGGUGAUCUCUACUACCGCUACAAUGAUGUUGAUUUUAGAGUGGACAAGUCUUAUCCUCGUGGCACUGAUAGCUGGUGGCUGGGUUGUCCAGACAAGCAACAGAUCAGUCAAAUUACAGGGAUUGUGGCUGGCACUAAUGACCAAUUACAGGAGUCUGACAAUACAGUCAGUCUGUCACAGAACAGGGCACAAAAUAACCUUUCUGAAGGUCACAGUCACAAUGAAGGAGACUCCAGCAGUGAUCAGUUUCUACAAAUGCAGGCAGGAGGGGAAGCAGGAACUGUGGAUUUCUUUCAUGAAGAUGACACUUCUGCUGCAGACUCAAACUUGAAGUGCACAUGCCAUGUAACAUUCACAUUAAUUUUAAUAGCGGCAGCAAUUAUUUUCCUCAGUAGGUGA